AUGCGGCCUGAAGUCGAACAGGAACUCGCCCACACCUUACUGGUAGAACUACUGGCGUACCAGUUUGCAUCUCCAGUGAGGUGGAUUGAGACCCAAGAUGUUAUCCUGGCGGAGAAACGGACAGAACGGAUUGUUGAGAUUGGCCCUGCAGAUACCCUUGGUGGGAUGGCGCGACGAACGCUCGCAUCAAAGUAUGAAGCAUAUGACGCUGCCACGUCCGUUCAACGCCAAAUACUUUGUUAUAACAAGGAUGCAAAGGAAAUUUAUUAUGAUGUAGACCCCGUGGAGGAGGAGCCUGAGGCGCCCCCUGCAGCCAGCACCCCUGCUGCAGCUGUUCCUAUGGCUGGUACUGCGGCUCCUGCUGCAGCAGCCCCUCCGCCUCCUAGUGCUGGGCCCGCCGCCGCAGUCGAAGAUGCGCCGGUAACAGCAGUGGAUGUGCUCAGAACGCUCGUCGCACAGAAAUUGAAGAAGGCCCUGUCUGACGUGCCUUUAAGCAAAGCCAUUAAAGACUUGGUUGGUGGUAAAUCCACGCUGCAAAAUGAAAUUCUCGGAGACCUGGGCAAGGAGUUCGGAUCCACACCUGAGAAGCCAGAGGACACCCCUCUUGAUGAGCUGGGUGCUUCUAUGCAGGCAACAUUCAAUGGACAGCUGGGCAAGCAGUCAUCCUCUCUCAUUGCUCGCCUGGUCUCAUCUAAAAUGCCCGGAGGUUUUAAUAUCACAGCUGUUCGUAAAUAUCUUGAAACACGAUGGGGCUUGGGAUCUGGCAGGCAGGAUGGUGUUCUCCUUUUGGCUCUUACAAUGGAGCCUGCUUCUCGUAUUGGAUCGGAGGCUGAUGCAAAGGCAUACCUUGAUGAUGUGACCGACAAAUAUGCUGCCAGUGCAGGAAUCAGCCUCUCUGCGCCGGCGGCUGGUGGAGACGGCGGUGCUGGAUCCGGAGGCAUGCUUAUGGAUCCAGCAGCAAUUGAUGCCUUGACCAAAGAUCAACGGGCCCUAUUCAAGCAACAACUCGAGAUCAUUGCACGGUACUUGAAGAUGGACUUGCGCGCCGGCCAAAAAGCAUUCAUCACCUCCCAAGAGACCCAAAGAGCUUUGCAGGCCCAAAUCGAUCUUUGGCAAGCGGAACACGGCGAUUUCUACGCCUCCGGCAUUGAGCCCGCCUUUGACCCCCUCAAGGCUCGUGUAUAUGAUUCUUCCUGGAAUUGGGCUCGCCAGGACGCUUUGAGCAUGUACUAUGAUAUCAUCUUUGGCAGACUCAGGGCCGUUGAUCGUGAAAUAGUGAGCCAGUGUAUCCGUAUCAUGAAUCGUUCGAACCCCCUCCUCCUUGAUUUUAUGCAGUAUCAUAUCGACAAUUGUCCGACCGAUCGUGGCGAGACUUAUCUGUUAGCCAAAGAACUCGGCCAGCAGCUCAUUGAAAAUUGCAAGGAAGUUCUUGGAGUUGCCCCAGUUUACAAAGAUGUGGCGAUCCCAACCGGCCCUCAGACAACAGUUGACGCUCGAGGAAAUAUUGAAUAUAAGGAGGCUCCCCGGGCCAGCGCUCGCAAGUUGGAGCACUACGUGAAGCAAAUGGCGGAAGGUGGUCCUAUUUCCGAAUAUAGCAAUCGGGCUAAGGUGCAGAAUGAUCUUCGCAGUGUUUACAAACUCAUCCGCCGACAACAUCGCCUGUCCAAGUCUUCACAGCUACAAUUUAACGCGCUCUACAAGGAAGUAAUCCGUGCUCUCAGCAUGAACGAAAACCAGAUUAUGCCCCAGGAAAAUGGCAACGGCAAGAGAUCGAACCGGUCCGGACACAAGCACAGUGGCAGCCCUCGCGCAGGCAAGGUUGAAACUAUUCCUUUCCUGCAUCUCAAGAAGAAGAAUGAGCAUGGAUGGGAGUAUAAUAAGAAGCUCACCGGUACGUAUUUAGAUGUGUUGGAGUCCGCCGCACGGUCCGGUCUUACCUUCCAGGGUAAGAACGUCCUUAUGACUGGUGCUGGUGCUGGUUCGAUUGGUGCCGAAGUCCUGCAAGGCCUUAUUAGUGGUGGUGCCAAGGUCGUCGUGACUACAAGCCGCUACUCACGUGAGGUCACCGAGUACUACCAAGCAAUGUAUGCUCGCUAUGGUGCCCGUGGCUCGCAACUUGUGGUGGUUCCUUUCAACCAAGGUAGCAAACAAGAUGUGGAAGCCCUCGUGAACUACAUCUACGAUACAAAGAAGGGGCUCGGUUGGGACUUGGACUAUGUCGUUCCAUUCGCUGCCAUCCCGGAGAACGGCCGCGAGAUUGAUUCCAUCGAUUCCAAGUCAGAGCUUGCUCACCGCAUCAUGUUGACCAAUCUCUUGCGGCUCCUGGGCUCUAUCAAAUCGCAAAAGCAAAGCAAUGGGUUUGAAACGCGGCCAGCCCAAGUUAUCCUUCCUCUAUCUCCAAACCACGGCACAUUCGGCAACGACGGGUUGUACUCUGAGUCCAAGCUCGCCUUAGAGACACUCUUCAACCGUUGGUAUUCUGAGAGUUGGAGCAACUACCUUACAAUCUGUGGUGCUGUUAUUGGUUGGACCCGCGGUACAGGUUUGAUGAGUGGCAACAACAUGGUUGCCGAGGGUGUCGAGAAACUUGGUGUCCGCACCUUUUCUCAGCAGGAAAUGGCCUUCAACUUGCUUGGUCUCAUGGCUCCUGCGAUUGUCAAUCUGUGUCAGCUUGACCCUGUUUGGGCUGAUUUGAAUGGUGGACUCCAAUUCAUUCCUGACCUAAAAAGCCUUAUGACGAAGCUCCGCACCGACAUCAUGGAGACAAGCGACGUUCGACAAGCUGUGAUUAAGGAAACCGCCAUUGAAAACAAGGUUGUCAACGGAGAGGAUAGCGAAGCACUCUACAAGCGUGUUGUUGCUGAGCCUCGGGCCAAUAUUAAGUUCCAGUUUCCCAAACUCCCCUGCUGGGAUGAGGAAGUGCAAUCCCUUAAUGAGAACCUUAAAGGUAUGGUCAACUUGGACAAGGUAGUUGUUGUUACUGGUUUCGCAGAAGUUGGGCCUUGGGGUAACUCGCGAACCCGCUGGGAAAUGGAAGCUCAUGGGAAGUUUUCCCUUGAGGGCUGUGUGGAAAUGGCAUGGAUAAUGGGGCUUAUCAAGCAUCAUAACGGCCCACUGAAAGGCAAGUCCUACUCGGGCUGGGUUGAUGCAAAGACUGGGGAGCCCGUGGAUGACAAAGAUGUCAAGGCGAAGUAUGAGAAAUACAUCCUUGAGCAUUCCGGUAUCCGUCUCAUCGAGCCCGAACUUUUCAAGGGCUAUGACCCGAAGAAGAAACAGCUGCUUCAGGAGAUUGUAAUCCAGGAGGACUUAGACCCAUUUGAAGCCUCGAAAGAAACCGCGGAGGAAUUCAAGAGGGAGCAUGGUGACAAGGUUGAGAUCUUUGAACUUCCUGAAUCGGGAGAGUACACUGUGCGUCUCAAGAAGGGUGCCAAUCUCUUGAUCCCUAAGGCUCUCCAAUUCGACCGCCUUGUUGCCGGCCAGGUGCCAACUGGCUGGGAUGCCAAGCGGUAUGGUAUUCCCGAUGACAUCAUUGAGCAGGUUGAUCCGGUGACGCUGUUCGUUCUUGUCUGUACUGCUGAAGCGAUGCUCUCGGCUGGUAUCACCGAUCCUUACGAGUUCUACAAGUACGUCCAUCUAUCUGAGGUUGGUAACUGCAUCGGUUCUGGAAUUGGAGGAACCCAUGCCUUGCGAGGGAUGUACAAGGAUCGCUACUUGGAUAAGCCCCUCCAGAAGGAUAUCUUGCAAGAGUCGUUCAUAAAUACAAUGAGUGCAUGGGUUAACAUGUUACUGCUAUCCUCCACUGGCCCCAUCAAGACACCCGUUGGUGCUUGUGCAACGGCCGUUGAGUCCGUUGACAUUGGAUACGAAACUAUUGUUGAAGGCAAAGCCCGCGUCUGUUUUGUUGGUGGAUUUGACGACUUCCAAGAAGAGGGCUCAUACGAGUUCGCCAACAUGAAAGCUACCAGUAACGCGGAAGAUGAGUUCGCACACGGCCGUACACCUCAGGAGAUGUCACGACCUACCACGACUACCCGUGCUGGCUUCAUGGAAUCGCAAGGCUGCGGUAUGCAACUUAUCAUGAGCGCCCAGCUCGCGCUGGAUAUGGGAGUUCCAAUCCACGGUGUGAUUGCGUUGACAACCACGGCUACCGACAAGAUAGGACGUUCAGUCCCCGCGCCGGGUCAGGGUGUCCUUACUACUGCGAGGGAGAACCCCGGCAGGUUCCCGUCGCCCUUGUUGGACAUCAAGUACCGUCGCCGGCAAUUGGAUCUGCGUAAGAAACAGAUCAAGGAAUGGCAGGAGUCUGAGUUGCUGUAUCUCCAGGAAGAAGUAGAAGCCAUCAAAGCCCAAGGCUCUGAUUCGUUCAACAUGUCUGUAUACAUGCAGGAACGAGCUCAGCACAUCGAACGCGAGGCUGUCCGCCAGGAGAAGGACGCGCAGUUCAGUCUCGGAAACAAUUUCUGGAAGCAAGACUCCCGCAUUGCUCCUCUGCGCGGCGCUCUUGCCACCUGGGGUCUCACUGUUGAUGACAUUGGGGUUGCCUCUUUCCAUGGUACCUCUACCGUUGCAAACGAUAAAAAUGAAUCCGAUGUCAUUUGUCAGCAAAUGAAGCAUCUGGGUCGUAAGAAGGGCAACGCGGUCCUAGGUAUUUUCCAGAAAUACCUAACCGGACACCCUAAGGGUGCUGCCGGUGCUUGGAUGUUCAACGGUUGUCUGCAGGUUUUGGAUAGUGGUCUGGUUCCUGGUAACCGCAACGCUGAUAAUGUGGACAAGGUACUGGAAAAGUUCGACUAUAUUGUCUACCCCAGCCGUAGCAUCCAGACGGAUGGUGUCAAGGCAUUCUCGGUCACCUCGUUCGGUUUCGGUCAGAAGGGCGCGCAAGUGAUCGGUAUCCACCCUAAGUAUCUUUAUGCCGCCCUUGACCGCGCACAGUUCGAGACCUACAAGUCCAAGGUUGAGGCCAGACAAAAGAAGGCGUAUCGGUUCUUCCACAAUGGCUUGAUCAACAAUAGCAUCUUUGUUGCUAAGAACAAGGCACCGUACGAAGAUGACCUUCAGAGCAAGGUCUUCCUCAACCCCGAUUAUCGGGUUACCAUUGACAAGAAGACUUCUGAACUUAAGUUCCCUGCAGCACCCCCAAAGGUCGUUGAUAAAGGUGUCGAAAGCACUAAGCAGAUGGUUGAGUCGCUGGCGAAGGCUCACACUGUUGAGAACUCAAAGGUGGGGGUGGAUGUGGAAAAUCUUGAAUCGGUUAAUAUCGAGAAUGAGACUUUCAUCGAACGAAACUUUACAGCUGAAGAGCAGCAAUACUGCCGCAAAGCCGCCUCUCCUCAAGCAUCAUUUGCAGGACGAUGGAGUGCAAAGGAGGCUGUUUUCAAAUCCCUUGGUGUCUGUAGUAAAGGUGCCGGUGCUCCGUUAAAGGACAUUGAGAUCACUAAUGAUGCGACCGGGGCUCCUGUCGUUAACCUUCACGGUGCUGCAGCCGAGGCGGCGAAACAGGCUGGCGUAAAACAAGUCAGUGUCAGCAUCAGCCACAGUGAUUCUCAGGCAGUAGCUGUAGCAGUUUCUACAUUCUAAUGGCUUGAUGGGCAGUAGGGUUUAGAUAAUACGUAUUUAAGUAUAGAUAAUUUGAUAUUUUCUCGCUAGCCUUCAUGACACCUACAUUGAUUUCAUUUCCUGGUUUCGUCUAGUGUGGAUCAGUCAUUGUAUCGUUCACGAUUCUCUCGACACUGUAUUCAGUUUUAAUGCAUAAGUGUAGGCUGAAUAGGGUAAGUCUCUCUACUGCCUUGAUCCUAUUCAUCUCU